AUGAGGUUAACUUUAGAGCUUGUCGAUGAGAUGCAUGAUAGGUGUCAACCACCUAAUAUAAUUACGUACAAUUCUAUAUUGGAUGCUUUCUGCAAAAUUAAUUGUCUUGACAAGGCGAUUGCGUUAUUAACCAAAAUUAAGGAGGAGGGUAUUCAACUAGAUAUGUUCUCUUAUAAUAUUCUUAUCAAUGGACUCUGCAAAGGUGGAAGACUAGAGGAUGCACUAAAAGUUUUUGAAGAUCUUUUGGUCAAAGGAUAUAAUCCUAAUGUUUAUACAUAUACCAUUAUGAUCCAAGGGUUUUGUGAUAAGGGCUUGUUUGAUGAAGCAUUGGACUUGCUAUCAAAAAUGACAGACAAUGGUUGCACUCCAAAUGCUACAACUUAUGAAAUAAUUAUUCUUUCACUCUUUGAAGAAAAUGAAAAUGACAAAGCAGAGAAGCUUCUUAGAGAAAUGAUUGCGAGAGUUGCCUCACCUAAUGAGAAACAAACUUCUGUUAUUGUUGUUUCUUUUGUACAAUGA